CAAAUUUCCAUGACGAAGAUGAGAGCGGUGGAAGUUCUUUCCAAAAGGAAUUUUGCCUAAGAAGGCCUAAAGCAACAGCUAACAGAACAGAGUAUGAUGUUUCAUAAUUAAUAUUCACGAGAGUGGUUCCUUCAUAAAGAUUGGCCCCCAACUCUUUUUCAUCUCUUUCACGCCAUAAUUGGAGUAAUCUACAGAGUGGCAGGGAAAAAUUAAUGCUGAAGCUUGAAGCUUGCUGUUUCAUCAACUUUAUGGGCUUUCCAGGUUCUGUCAAAAGGUUUCUUGCCAUCGACCGCUCCCUCGCGUCUCUAUAAGUGCACCACUCUUUCUCUGGUAUUUGUAUUCUAUUCUUUGUAAGAGCUACGAGCCAAGCCAUGGGCGUCGAGCAGGAAAAGUCGGCGGUCUACGGCCACAUGUUCUCCACAGUCGUGCCGGGCGACGUCACCGGCGAGGCCGUCGUGCACGAGCUCGCCGACAUGGACCUCGUCACGAAGCUCCACUACCUGAGAGCUGUGUACUACUUCAGUCAGAGUGAGGUCGUCGACGGGCUGGCCAUUACCGACCUCAAAAGGCCCAUGUUUCCGUGGCUCAACGUGCUGUAUCCCCUCGCCGGGAGGAUCCGGCGAGCGGAGGCCGGCCGGCCUUUCAUCAAGUGCAAUGACUGCGGACUGAGGAUCGUGGAAGCCAGUUGCAGUAAGACGCUGGAGGAGUGGCUGGACGCGGAGGACGACCCGAGGUGGGGGAGCCUUGUGCCGGAAAAGAUCCUCGGUCCAGAGCUGCCCUUCUCGCCCUUGGUUUACAUCCAGUUUACAAGGUUUAAAUGUGGAGGGAUGGCUAUUGGAUACAGCUGGUCUCAUGUUCUAGGAGAUGCAGCGUCAGCCACAAACUGUAUCAAUCUCUGGGGAGACUUUCUGAAUGGCAAUGAUCCACCCACCAAACCUUUUCAGCUGAGCAAUAUGCAGAACACUGCACAAGACUAUGCACCUCAGAAAGCACCAGCUUCAGUUAAGCAAGUUGAAAUAGCUAACGACUGUUGGUUGUUUCCUAACGCCUGUAAAAUGGCAACACAUUCCUUCAAGGUCACAGAAACUGAGCUUGACAAGGUGCAAAAGGGGCAAAAACUCCAGUUUGAACUGAUCGCAGCUCUCUUCUGGUUGUGCUUGUCCAGAAUUCAGAGUGGUAAGGAACUCAAAUUGGCAACCAUAUGCAGACACGGAACUCAAGCUAAAUGCAGUGACAUGCUCAGCAAUAACAUCAGAACAAGCACUGUCAAAUUAGACUCUUCGGCUGCCAGUGUUGGAUUGUUUAGACUAGCAAACCUCAUCGUUGAGCAGGACAUGGAUGAGUUGGAGUCAGUUGAACAAUUGGUUGACAGAAAUAGUGGUAAGCCAGAUUUUCUACUUUAUGGAGCAAAUCUCACUUUUGUAGAUAUGAGAGGAAUCAACUUAUUUGGACUAGAGCUCAAGGGUCAGAAGCCCGUAAAAGUGGACUUGAGCAUCGACGGGGUCGGCGAUGAAGGAGCAGUUUUGGUGCUUCCCUGUCCUCAGAGAAGUGAUGUAACUGUGAUGGUUAUACUGCCAGAAGAUCAGAUACCGAAGCUGCGUCGCGUUCUUGAUAGUGAAUUUGGCAUCGCGUAAGGUUUGUUGUUGAACUUUAAGCCUAGCGUAGCUAAAAUGUGAAGUGAAGUGAAUGUUGCAAAGUUACUAGUUCAGACACUUGUUUGUCUAAGUAAUCCAAUGUGUCAACCUACAUGUUGGCUUCUGUUA